UGUGCGUGUGCGUGUGUGUUUGUGUGUGUGUGUGUACGAGUAAUAUAUUUACUCAAAAAGAAAAAAAUAUAUUUAAGCACAAAAAAUGCCAAAUAGUAAAAUGUUUCUAUCAUAGAACACAUAUUAUUAAAGAUAGCCUAAAAAACAUAUUCUGCAAAAACAUAUUCUGGCAUUAACAAAAACAAUUUUUUAUUUAUCACUUUUACAAAUUGCAAAUUUUUUCGUUAUAAUAAAAUUAAUAAUUAUAGGGAUUCUAAUAAAUAAAAUAAAUUUUUAUUUUGUUUUUAGAUUCUUGCAGAAAGUUUGAAAGAGAAGUGUUUCGACGACUUUUAUAAUUAAAGCGCGCAAUCAACAAUAAUUUUCUGAUUUGUAUAUUAUUAAAUAAUUUUCGUCAUGUAUUUCUAAAUUCUCUUAUGGCUGAACGGCAACCGUACUAUACUCGUAUACCAUUACAGCCACGAGCACAAUAAAAUCGCGAACGAGACGCAUGAUAAAAUAAAACAGAUUUUGUUUUUUUGUUAAAGAUAAUUCCUGUAAGAUACAAAUAAAAAACAUUCGCGAAAAAAUAAACAAGAGGUAUUUGUGAAUUCGGAUAUUUGAAUAAACGUAAAUUUCAAAUAAGAUUAAUCAAUAGUACGACCAAAGCGAAAGAUGAGCGUCGCGACGGUAGUAAGCACUGCAAUAAAAGCAGCCACUGUCCUCCUUGGCAGCGGUAUCGGUAAAAUAACUAUAAUCCCAGUGUUGAUCGUCGCGCUCGCGUACUUCAAUUACGAUCUCAUAGACCCGGAAAAUCAUCCACGCGUGACAAAACAAUUAAAGAAAGAUUAUGACUUUGUUAUUGUCGGCGGUGGUUCAGCUGGCAGCGUGCUAGCCAACAGAUUAACGGAAAAUCCUGAAUGGAGCGUGCUUCUACUAGAGGCCGGAGGGCACGAAACCGAGAUAACUGAUGUCCCAAUACUCUCAUUAUUUUUGCAUAAGAGUAAGCUGGACUAUAAGUAUCGCACGCAGCCGCAGGAUACGGCUUGCCAGGCGAUGGUCGAUCGUCGAUGUUGCUGGACUAGAGGCAAGGUUCUCGGAGGCUCUAGCGUUUUAAACACAAUGCUUUAUAUUCGCGGAAAUCGACGUGAUUUUGACCAAUGGAAGAGUUUUGGUAAUCCUGGCUGGGGAUAUGAAGAUGUAUUGCCGUAUUUUAAAAAGUCUCAAGACCAAAGAAAUCCAUAUUUGGCACGCAAUAUAAGAUAUCACGGUACAGGUGGAUACUUGACCGUACAAGAUAGUCCAUAUAUCACUCCGUUGGGCGUAGCCUUUUUACAAGCUGGAGAAGAAAUGGGAUACGAUAUUUGUGAUGUCAACGGCCAGCAGCAAACUGGUUUCGCCUUCUUACAGUUCACAAUGAGACGGGGCUCUAGAUGCAGCACCGCCAAGGCAUUUGUACGACCCAUUCAACUUAGAAAAAAUUUUCAUCUCUCUUUGUGGAGCCAUGUAACUCGAGUGCUGAUAGAUCCGGAGAGUAGAAGAGCGUAUGGAGUAGAAUUUAUUAGAGAUGGUCGUAAGGAGGUGGUGCUUGCCAGAAAAGAAGUAAUUCUUUCAGCCGGUGCCAUUAAUAGCCCACAAUUAUUAAUGCUUUCCGGAAUAGGGCCGCGUAUACACCUAGAGCAAUUAGGAAUUCCCGUGAUUGAAGAUUCACCCGGUGUUGGGCAGAAUCUACAGGAUCAUAUAGGUGUUGGCGGACUUGUUUUUCCAAUCGAUUACAAAGUCAGCAUCGUGAUGAAUCGGAUGGUGAAUAUUAAUUCGGCUUUAAGAUAUGCUAUCACCGAGGAUGGCCCGUUAACGUCCAACAUUGGCCUUGAGGCGGUUGGCUUUAUCUCCACCAAGUAUGCUAAUCAGAGCAACGAUUGGCCUGACAUCGAAUUUUUGUUGACAUCAUCAAGUACUAAUUCAGACGGUGGAAGCUACGUGAAAAAUGCUCACUGUUUAACUGAUGAAUUUUAUGAUUACAUGUUUAGUAAAAUCAAUAAUCAUGACGUCUUCGGAGUAUUUCCUAUGAUUCUCAGGCCCAAGUCACGCGGUAACAUAAGACUAAAAUCCAAGAAUCCUUUAGAUUAUCCAUUGCUCUAUCAUAACUAUCUCACUCAUCCAGACGAUGUCGCAGUACUUCGUGAGGGUGUUAAGGCGGCUGUUGCCUUUGGCGAGACUAGUAGUAUGAGAAGAUUUGGUUCAAGAUUUUAUGACAAACCGUUACCCAGUUGUAAGCAUAUUCGUCUCUAUACGGACGAAUACUGGAAUUGUGCACUAAGGCAAUACACCAUGACCAUUUAUCAUAUGAGCUGCACCGCCAAGAUGGGUCCGCCCGAUGAUCCAAUGGCGGUUGUAAAUCCAGAGUUGAAAGUUUACGGAGUCGACGGCUUACGGGUGAUUGACGCAUCUAUCAUGCCGACCAUCACGAGUGGUAAUAUAAACGCGCCUGUCAUUAUGAUCGGUGAGAAGGGCGCUGAUAUGAUAAAGGAAAGGUGGAUGCAACCAUCUUAUUUCAGGAGCGACAAUAUUACCGCCCCUGCCUCUUGA